AUGACCGCAGCGCCAAAGCCGGGCCCGGCGAAUCUCCGACCCGGAGCCGGUCUCGACGAGUGGCUCGAAGAAGCAAAACAAUGCCACUACCUACCAGAGUCUGUCAUGAAGCAGCUCUGCGAAAUGGUCAAAGAGGUCCUGAUGGAGGAGUCCAACAUCCAACCAGUAGUCACCCCUGUCACCAUCUGCGGCGACAUCCACGGCCAGUUCUACGAUCUCCUAGAGCUCUUCCGAGUGGCUGGUGGCAUGCCGGGCGACAACAACGUCCAGGCGCCCCAGACAGUCACAGCAGUCAUCACAUCCGACGACAUUGAGCCCCCGAGCGAAAUCACCGAUCCCAAGCUGCAAAAGAAGGUCAUAAAUUCUGGCCCGGCCCCAAUAAGUACAGAUCCAAACGAAACGAUCGUCGAGGGGGACACAACCACCGAGGCCAUCCUCCCUCCAAACGAGGGGCUCACCCAGUCAGCAGACACCAAGUUUGUCUUUUUGGGCGAUUUCGUCGACAGAGGGUAUUUCAGUCUGGAAACAUUUACUCUCUUAAUGUGUCUAAAAGCCAAAUACCCCGACAGAAUAGUCCUCGUCCGCGGCAACCACGAAUCCCGUCAAAUCACCCAAGUCUACGGCUUCUACGAAGAAUGCCAGCAAAAAUACGGCAACGCCUCCGUUUGGAAGGCCUGCUGCCAAGUCUUUGAUUUUCUAGUCCUCGCAGCAAUCGUGGACGGGACCGUCCUGUGCGUCCACGGCGGCCUGUCGCCCGAAAUUAGAACCAUCGACCAGAUCCGUGUUGUGGCUAGAGCGCAGGAGAUCCCGCAUGAAGGCGCGUUUUGCGAUUUGGUGUGGAGUGACCCGGAGGAUAUCGACACGUGGGCGGUGAGCCCGAGAGGAGCGGGUUGGCUGUUUGGCGAUAAGGUCGCUACCGAGUUUAACCACGUGAAUGGGCUGAAGACGAUUGCGAGGGCGCAUCAGUUGGUGAAUGAGGGUUACAAGUAUCACUUUAGCGAACGGUCGGUGGUGACGGUCUGGUCAGCACCGAAUUACUGCUAUCGCUGUGGUAAUGUGGCGUCGAUCAUGACGGUGGACGAGCAGCUCAAUACCAAGUUUAGCAUCUUCUCGGCUGUGCCGGAUGAUCAGCGCCAUGUGCCAGCUGGGAGGAGAGGGCCGGGUGAUUACUUCCUGUAG